AUGGAGAUGUUGUCACAGUUGUGGUCUUUGCUAGGACUGCUGACAGUCCUCCAGAAUGUGCUGCCUUCCCAGCUCCUGUCCCUCCUCCAUUCCUUGUACCAGUCUGUCCAAGACAUGCUCUGCCCCUACUCCUAUUUCGACGUCCCAGAAUUCAACGGCUAUUGUGGCGUCCACCUCAACGAUCUCUACCGCCACGUCAAUCUCUACCUCAACUCCCUCGUCAACGUUAACGUUAAUGUCACCGCCACCAACCCCUCCUCAUCCUCAUUCACUGCACGCCUCACCCUCUCCCGCUCCAACUCCUCCAACCGCAUCUCUUUCACUGUCGCACCCAACCACUCCGUCAGCGACUCCUUCGGCGGCCACAUCCUCUCCUGGACCCACCACGUCGACACCGUCCAAGACUCCCUCGACGAGAAGCGCUCCUUUGUCCUCAAGCUCCCCAAGCGCCACCGCCACGCCCUUCUCCACCCCUACCUCCACCACCUCACUGCCCGUGCCGAGGAAUUCGAGCGUGUCUCGCGCGAGAGGAGGCUCUUCACCAACAACGGCCACGCCUCCUACGACUCCGGCUGGGUCUCUGUCCCCUUCCGCCACCCCUCCACCUUCGACACCCUCGCUCUUGAGCCCCAACUCAAGAGUCAGCUAACCGGAGACCUCAAGGCGUUUGCCAACGGCAAAGACUUCUACCAUAGGGUGGGACGUGCCUGGAAGCGGGGUUACUUUCUGUACGGCCCUCCGGGGUCUGGCAAGUCCAGCCUUAUCGCUGCCAUGGCUAACUACCUCUGCUACGACGUUUACGACCUCGAGCUCACCAAGGUUUCCGACAACUCCGAGCUAAGAGCUCUGCUCAUACAGACCACCAACCGCUCCAUCGUAGUCAUAGAAGACAUAGACUGCUCCCUCGAUCUGACGGUGGACAGGCAGCAGCUCAGGCUGUCCAUGAAUACCAAGAGUACUAGAUCAAAGGCUAGAGUAAGAUCGCGGCAGCAGAAGCAGGAGGACGAGGAUUGCGAUGAGCAAAACGCGGGGCGAGUGACGCUGUCGGGGCUGCUCAACUUCACGGACGGGCUGUGGUCGUGUUGCGGAGAGGAGCGGAUCAUAAUCUUCACCACCAACCACAGGGACAAUGUGGAUCCAGCGCUGCUCCGCUGUGGCCGCAUGGACGUCCACGUCAACCUCGGCAACUGCGGACCCCACGCCUUCCGGGCAAUGGCGAAGAACUAUCUGGGAUUGGACUCGCACCCGCUGUUCGAGGCAGUGGACCGGUGCAUGAGAUCGGGUGGGGCCCUCACCCCGGCCCAGGUGGGAGAGAUUCUGCUCAGGAACCGUGGGGAUGCAGACGUGGCAAUGAAGGAUGUGGUGUCGGCGAUGCAGGCGAGAAUUAAUUUGGAUGGCGGUGGUGGGGGCGGCCAAGAUCAGUUAGCGGAGUUAUACUCAUCAUGCGAUGAUCAGACGGUGAUGAUGAGGGCAACGUCUUCUCCGGAGAGCGUGCUGGUGGGUGUGGGUGGUGGGUCGCCAGAGAAUUGGGUUUCUUCAUCGCCGCCGGGGAGUGGGAGGAAGAAGAAGGCCGCCGAAGGGGAUCAAUGCCAGAGGAUGAAGAUGAAGUUCUUAGUGAGGUUGAGGUCUUUGACCAAGUCUGACUCCGGAAGAAGGGGGGUCUGUCUGACCUGUCCUAAUUCCUAA